AUGUCGCUCUACUUUAUCAAAUACGGCCAGUGUUUUCUUUUUUUCAUCAAUCCAAAACACUCACUCAACUUCAUCCAGAAAAUCACCAUCCACUACUAUAAACACAAACUGAAUAUUAUCAAGAUCAAUCGUGUCACCAUGUCCACAAGACCAGACACAGAGCCAACGCCAACUCUCAGAGAAAGCCGGGCCCUCAAACGCAAGCACAAAAUAACAAAGAUAAACCACUGCCGGAAGCUCACACUAGAGCAACUCCCUCCAGAGAUCCUCUUCAUCAUCUUUGAAUACGUCUUCUUCUCGCACACGCAAGAUGCCCCGCUCGAUCCAACCGAAGAACAAGACAGCCGCUUCCAAGUCUUCUCCGCCCGGUGCGUCUGGCUGCCGGGACUGAUAGGCACGCGCACCUGGGAGGAGCAGACGACGCAGACGGCGCUCCUGACGACGAACCGAUUCCUGUCGGCCUGCGCGCGACGCGUCUUGUCGUCCUCCAGGCUCAGGGGCCAAGUCGACGUGGAUGUCAUGUGGGUCGGGACUUCUGGCAUCUGGCCGACGGUGCUCAGCCCCACGGCGUGCUACCGCCCCUUCCACCGCGGCAAGGAGGCAGCCACCGUCGAGGUCCUGACCGUCUCGGUGCGACUGUUUGACGACCCCGCCGGGCUGAACUGGUCGCUCACGGGCUGGGGCCGGUUCCUGCCAAUCCCCAAGGGCGAGGCGCCACCGGCGGCGGGGCAGGCGGAUAGGGUCGUCUUUUGCCCGCCGUUUUCACUGACCGGGUACUACCACAGCUGGGGGGAUUUUGGGGACAGCAAGGAGUCUUGGCCCAAGGGGUGGGCCAGACCAGAUGAUCUGGGGGUGGCUGAGAUGCGGAGAAGGUUGUGGAUGUUGCCGUGGGAAGGGACAAAGGUCAGAGCGAGGAUUGCUGCUGCGGACAAGGUGGCGAAUUUCCUGUGCAUGGAGUUUUUGAAGCUGAUGAGGAGGGAUGAAGGUUUGGGGGAGCUUGGAGAUGGGCUUGAGAAGGUUGAGUUCAAGGUCGGUGGGGUGUUGAGGAGGGCUGUAAACGUUUCAAGGAAAUAA